UAGCCAGCAAAAGUUAAACGGACACCCUCGGAACAGCUUUAAAACUAUUAAAAACAAAUAUAAAAGAAACAAGCAAAAUGGCGAAUCGGGAGCUGGAAUUAAAUUCCGGAAUGCGCUGCGCCAAAUAUAUGCUCAUCAUAGUGAGCUUUAUGUUCGCGCUGACUGCUAUACUGCUGAUCAUGGUAGGUUCCACCAUUCAGGCGAUUUUCGGUGACUUUAGUCUCUUUAUUGAUGGACACUUCUCGUCACCGCCCGCGCUCUUGAUUGCCAUUGGAUUCAUACUGAUUGCCGUUGCCACACUGGGCGCCUAUGGAGCGGUCAAGGAGAGCGUUAUGGUGAUUAAUCUGUAUGGUGUAUGCCUGUUCCUGGUCUUCAUACUGGAGGUGUCGGCGGCCAUUGCCGCCUUUGUGAUGCAAUCACAGGUGCGCGAAAUGCUGAUGCGCACCAUGAACGAGGCCGUGGUCAACUACGAAACGGAUAGCAAUGUUGCCGCCGGAGUGGACUUUAUGCAAUCCGGUUUGGGCUGCUGCGGAGUUAUUAGUCCCGAUGACUGGAAGGACAACUAUUCACCCAACAACAACAUGACCCAUCUCGAUUCGGAUGAUGUGGUGGUGCCAAUCUCGUGCUGUGGCAGCCUGGCCGAGGAUCCCAACGAUAACAACGAGGUGAACUGCCUGCAGCCCUACGAAUACGGCUGCUUCAACAAGAUGAGCUUCAUAUUGUCACAGAGCGCCAUGCUGAUAGCCACCGGAGCCACCACAGUGGCCUUUGUGCAGCUGCUGGGUGUACUCUGUGCCUUCAUGCUGGCCAAGACGCUGCGUCGCAACAAGUCCAUACGCGAGGCACGCCGCUGGCAGCUACAACAGAGCCUCAGCGUGCUCAUCUCUGGCGGCAAGGUCGGUCUGCCGGCCAAUUCAGCGAUGUGCGGCUACCAGCAGCUCGAGAAUAGCAACGUGCUGGGCACACAGGAACCCUAUACCUACACACCCCAGAGUCCCAGCGUCAACUAGAGGCACAAUAGCGACAACAAUAACAACAACAUGAAUGAUAUAAUGUAAAAUAUAUAAUUUGUUAAAUAACUGAAGCCAAAGCGAAAGUCAAAUAAAACAAAUCAGUUCCAGACUUUGUUCUAGGACUGCUGGCGCAA